UCUUUUCAAUGUAUAUUCUCUUAAAGACCCUUCACUUUUAUUCCAAUUACUCUCCGAAUUCUUCCAAAGAUCACUUUUUUAUCAUCUGGGUAUCGCUCAAUUUGCCUCUGUUUCCAUCCAUUGCCGAAUGCGUGAUGUUUCUCUUUUUUCUCUUUUGUAGCAUGUUUUCUGAAAUUCUCACAAUUUUGGGGUGCUUGUGUUUUGUAAGAAAGAUAAACACCACUUGUUAUAUGCGUGAGAGCUUGUUGUGCGAAAUCCUCCUUUGUAUUGACCGAAAAAUGGGGGAUCACUUCGUGUUGCUGGUUGAUCGUUUGCUUACUGAGUCGACUCUGGAGGCUGCGAUCGAGGGUAGAUUGAAGCAUGCAGUUCCCAUCACUGUUGAUGAAGAAGCAAUCGACUAUUCGUACCAGAGAGAUUCUGAGGAUAGCUCGUCUCCGAGGAAGGUGGUCGAGUGCAGGAUAUGCCAGGAUGAAGGUUUUGAUUCAAGCAUGGAGGCUCCUUGCUCAUGCUCUGGAAGCUUGAAGUAUGCUCAUCGUAGAUGUGUACAAAAGUGGUGCAACGAGAAGGGUGACACCAUGUGUGAGAUAUGCCAUCAGCAAUUCAAGCCAGGAUACACUGCACCGCCCCCAAUUUUCCGUUUUGGUGGACUUCCUAUGAACUUGAGAGGGAAUUGGCAAAUUGCCAGAACAGAUUUGAACAAUCCGCGCAUUAUUGCAAUGGUCGCCGCUGAUCAUAGCUUUCUCGACCCUGAAUACGAUGAGUACGCUGCUUCCACAUCACGGAGCAUAGUCUGCUGCCGCACAGUAGCCAUAAUAUUUAUGGUACUCCUGAUUAUGCGGCAUACUCUUCCGAUAGUCGUGAGUCGAGCAGGGAAUUAUCCUCUCCCAGUGAUCAUGCUGCUAUUGCUGCGAGUUGCUGGGAUUAUUCUUCCAAUCUACAUCAUACUUAAAGCAGUCACCUCCAUCAUACGACGUCGACAGCAGCAGGCGACGCCUGCAUCUGACGUAGAAUCGAGCCCGUUGCCUCUGAAUCAGCCAGAUUUGAAUGCAGUCAGCUGAAGGGCUGAAUUAGCCAAUAAACUUGCCAGGAAGUGCCAACUGAUACCCGCUUUCGCUGAGGUGGAAGUUGCUCUGUCACAUUUCAUGUUUCAUAAUCUUAAAUGUAAAUUUAUCAAGAAAAGAAGUAGGCUAUAUUUUGAGGUGGGAUUUUGAUACACCUCUGGAAGAAGCAUUUGUACAGAAUACUGAAAAUUGGAAAUAUAAACCAAAAAAAAAACAAAAUCUUUGUGUAAA